AGCAUGGAAAUACGCAAUGAAGUGAAACAGAAGGACCAGGAAGUGGAAAAGAAAAAGUUUGUCGUGCGCAAUGCUGCAGAUAUUCAGAGAGCCAAGCUGGACAAGCUCAUGAAAAAUCCCGAUAAACCAGUUAUCAUUCCUGCGCCAAAUAAAAACCGAGACUUUUCCACCGCGAUACCAUCGUUUGUGCGAAACGUGAUGGGUUCUAGUGCUGGAGCCGGUUCGGGAGAGUUCCAUGUGUAUCGCCAUCUGCGUCGGAAGGAAUACGCUCGCCAGAAGCAGAUUCAGGAAAAAUCUCACUCCGAGCAACUGGACGAUGCAUUUCAGGAGCGGUUGGAAAACAACCGUAAAGCGGCUGAAGAACGCACGGCAAAGAAACGCGCCAAGCGUUUGAAGAAAAAAGCCAAACCAAAGACUAACCGGGGAAAGAAACCGAAGCAAAGCGUAAGCUUAGACGAAUUGCUCGAAAGUUCCUCUGAGGAGAGUGAUGAGGAGGAAAAUGAAGAGACCUAUGCAAAGGACGAGGAUUCUACAGAUGCCCCGGAGAAGGAUAGCGAAAUCGUCGAGGAACACCACGAAACAGAAAAGUUGAAAAAUACUGAUACUGAAAAUACGAAAGAUAACCAGACAACAGUGACAGACCUGAGUACCCAAAAUCAACCCAAAAUAGAAGCUCGGCAAGAACCAGUCACAGACCUAAAAGAGGCACAAAACAAAGAAGACGUGGACAAACAAUCGUAA